UUGACCUGCACCAUUGCAUUUUGUUUCGUUUUCUCCCUUUAACCAAACUUCUGAAUGUCUGUCAGAAAAGAAAGUACUUCUACUUUUUUAAUACUUGAGUACAAUUUAAAGUUGUACUUUUUUACUUUUACUCAAGUAUGUUUUUGGCCAGAUACUUGUACUUUUAAUUGAGUAAAAUUUUCACUGAGUAUUUGUACUUUCACUUGAGUAAAAGUUUUGAGUACUUUUUACACCUCUGGCAAUAUGCUGAAAUAGGCAACUUUUUUUAUUGCAUAUAGCCUAAAUGUCGUACGAAACGAGGAUGUAUUUAUUUUUUUGCUAUCAGAUAAUAAAAAUGAUUUAUAAUACGAUAUAGAUAUAAAUUAAUGUGAAUAUUUAGACUGCAGCAUGAUGAAUGUUACAGUCUAGGAAUGUAUAGAUCAGUGUUUACUGAUAUACUAUCUGAUGUUGAUGUUUAUAAUGUGCUAAGCAAUGAGAAUUAAGUUGAUAAAAUAUCAGAACGUUGUUUAUGUACUGUGUGGUAAUACAAAGCAUAUGUGCAUGAAUGACAGUACAGUUUUUUUUGUUAGGAGUAGGUAAAAUUAGUAUUAGUAUUUUUUAACACUCUUUCAUACUGUAUUAUUAUAUAUACUUUUAUUUGUGAAUAUAUUCUAUUCUUUAAUUCCACGUUUUGAUUGUAUGCAUCAACGCUGCAAUGCUUUGGCAAUACAAAUGUACUAAUAUUUGCCAUGCCAAUAAAGCAUCUAAAACUGAAAACUGAGAGAGAGUACCUAGUAUUCCCUACAUUAUGAGGACCAAAUGUUCCCACCAGUAUAGUAAUCCCAGUAAAUUUUGACCGUGUGACUUUUUUUUGGACCCCAUGAGGAAACAAGCUUAUAAAUCAUACAGAAAAAAGUUUUUUGAAAAUCUAAAAAUGCCUUUAGGUUUGUGUGAGGGGUAGGUUUUGGUGUAGGCUUAGUGGAUAGAAAAUACAGUUUGGACAGUAGAAAAACCAUUACACCUAUGGAAUGACCCCAUAAAAGAUGGAAACCCGUGUGAGUGUGUGUACUUGUUUGUGUACUUGUGCGGGCCAAAUGUCCUCACUGAGCAACGUACUUUACAGACUUGAAGACACACCUGUUUUACACACAUCACUCAAACACAGAACCAGGAUACAGGAAUCGCAUGAGUUCAGGGUAAGAGAAACUGAAAGUGUGCUUGAGCUGUUGUGUGUUUGUGUCUCUGUAUUCAAGCAGUAAAAUGGCAGAAGCCAGAAUUUCGGUGGAUCAAAAUGAGUUCAUGUGUGCAGUGUGUCUGCAUCUCCUGAAGGAUCCAGUGACCAUCCAGUGUGGACACAGUUACUGUAAGAGCUGUAUUACUGGCUGCUGGAAUCAGGAGGAUCAGAUGAGAGUCUACAGCUGCCCUCAGUGCAGACAGACCUUCUGUCCAAGACCUGCUUUAGCUACAAACACCAUGCUGGCUGAAGUGGUGGAGAAACUGAAGAAGACCAAACUUCCUGCUGACUGUUACGCUGGAGCUGGAGAUGUGCAGUGUGACGUUUGUACUGGAAGAAAAUACAAAGCCGUCAAGUCCUGUCUGGUGUGUCUGAACUCUUACUGUCAGAAUCAUCUUGAACAACAUGAGAGUUUCUUUAAAGGAAAGAGACACAAUUUGACUGAUGCCACUGGACGACUGCAGGAAAUGAUCUGCCAGAAACACGAGAAGCUCCUUGAGGUUUUCUGUCGAACUGACCAGAAAUGUAUAUGCAUGCAGUGUAUGAUGGAUGAACAUAAAAACCACAACACUGUAUCAGCUGCAGUACAGAGGACAGAGAAACAGAAGCAAUUGAAGAAAAUGCAGAAGACGUUCCAGCAGAGAAUCCAGCAGAGAGAGAAAGAUCGUCAACAGCUGAGAGAGGCCGUGGAGUUUCAUAAGCGCUCUGCACAGACAGCAGUGGAGGACAGUGAGAGGAUCUUUACUGAGCUCAUUCGCUCCAUUGAGAGAAGCCGAUCUGAGGUGACACAGAUGAUCAGAGAUCAGGAAAAGACUGCAGUGAGUCGAGCUGAAGGACGACUGGUGCAGCUGGAGCAGGAGAUCAAUGAUCAGAGGAGGAGAGAAGCUGAGCUGGGGCAGCUUUCAAACACGCAGGAUCACAUCCAGUUCCUGCAGAGUUUCCAGUCUCUCUCAGAACCUUCUAAAUCAACAGACGUAAAUGUCUGUUCUCUCUUCUCUUCUUAUGGCCUGAGAGAAUCUGUCUGUCAGCUGACAGACAAAUUGGAGGAUUUCUGCAAAGAGGAGCUCAAGAAGAUCUCAGACAGAGUCACACUCACCAACAUUGAUCUCUGGACCAGGAACGACUUCCUGCAGUAUUCCCAUCAGCUCACUCUGGAUCCAAACACAGCAUAUAAUCGCCUUUGUCUGUCUGAGAGAAACACAAUGAUUACUUACACUUACACAGACCAGUUGUAUCCUGAUCAUCCAGAAAGAUUUGAUGAGUGGUCUCAGGUGUUGUGUAGAGAGAGUGUGCGUGGACGCUGUUACUGGGAGCUGGAGUGGAGUGGAAAUGGUGUGUAUAUAUCAGUGUCAUAUAAGAGCAUCAGCAGGAAGGGAUUGGGUAAAGAGUGUGGGUUUGGAUCUAAUGAUCAGUCCUGGAGUUUGUCCUGCUCUCCCUCCAGAUACACAUUGAUACACAAUAAGAAAAAUAUUAAUUUGCCUGUUAAGUCCAUCAGCAGUAGAAUAGGAGUGUAUGUGGAUCACAGUGCAGGAACUCUGUCCUUCUACAACGUCUCUGACACAAUGAGCCUCAUCCACACAGUCCAGACCACAUUCACUCAGCCACUCUAUCUUGGGUUUAAUGUUCAUCCUGACUCAUCAGUGAAACUGUGCUGAUGAAUCAGAAUAGACUGAUGAGAGAUUCUACCCAUAAUAGGUACCCUUCAAUACCUUUCAAGGUAUCUUGGAGAGGUGAGGUAUCCAAGUCGCAACAUCUAGCUACUGGGGUGCCUCAGGGCUCAGUUCUUGGACCACUUCUCUUUUCCGUCUACAUGGCAUCUUUUAUUGCAGGUUUCUCUUUGUGAGGUUUAGUUAGCAGUGACUGAAACGCAGCUUUACACACAACUGCCAGUCUGCAUGAAGAGGAUCUUGAGACUCCAGUAGCUUCAAACACCUUUUACAGCUGGUGUUACAAUACAGUUUAUUUUUUUUGACAAAAACUUUCCUUAAUAAAUCUUUAUUUGACCAAGAUCUUCUGUGCUCUAAGUCACUCACAAAUCUUUUGACAGUUAAAAAAUUUCUAUUUGCUUUUCAUGAAAUAUUGUUUGUUUUGAUGCCUUUUGCAAGACAUUGCAUUGUUUCAUACUUUUCAUCUUCAGAAAGAUCUUUCUUCCUCACCAUAUUUCAUGAGAACUGUGACUUGCUUAAUAAUGUGGAACAACCUCUUUAAGUAGGGUUUCCAUUUACUUAAGAAGAACUGGCAAACUAUUGAACAAACCUGUCUGAGAUUGAUACCAGUUAACUAAAAAAAUCUGACUCUUUAUUGUACCAAAAUCCUACUGAUAUAUCACUUGCAUAAUAAUUUGGAACGCAGCGUAUUGUGCCAUCCCAAAGAGGCACAAAAUCACUUUCACUGACUUUUUCAUUAACUGUUCCCAUCUGGUGGAAUGACCUGGCCAACUCAAUCCGAGCAGCUGAAUCCUUACCCAUCUUCAAGAAACGGCUAAAAACUCAUCUCUUCCAUCUUUGAACCUGUAACUCUAGCACUCUCUAUUCUAAUUUUAUUUUGGUAACACUUUAGAAUA